AUGACAAAACGGCAUUUCUCGAAGUGCGUGGAUCAAGUAAAAAAACACUUUUUCCCCUCGGUACACCUGAAAGAACUGAAAAAACUGGCAAGGAUAGACGAGAAAGAUAUCACGAAAGGCCCCGUAGGUGUGCAAGUUCAGCUUGUGAACGAAGAUGGAGAGUUUGAGGAGGACUUUGUAUUCGAAAUAUUCGAGGGAGAUGGAAUCCAAAAGCGGAUGAUAAAAUCCGUUUUUGUUCCGAGUCCUGGAGCUACUAGUUGCAUGGCUAUUGCUGAGUAUGUGGCUGAGGAGUUUUUCAAGGAAUGCCCCAAAUGCGACAUUUCCCAUAGUUAG